AUGACGAACAAGAGUGGCAAGAAGUUUUGGCAGGUGACUAUCAUCCGCAAACGAUUGGGGACCGCCCUCCACGGCAGCCCUCUUAAGCCCUUCGCUAGGGGGAUCAAGGGGUUCAAAACCUUUUGUAAAAGCGUUUUCAGGGGCAGUGCUCUUCGCAAGUCGGAACUCGAGACUACCAAUAGCCUCGGCGUUUCUACCGCUUCGCCCGAACCUGUGGCUUCAGAGUAUGCCCGCGACCGGGAUACCGCCCUUCUGGAAGUUUCCUCUACUCAGCCGACUAAGGUUCCUGCCCUGACCGAAGUUGUUUCCGAGGAUGACAAUGACACCUCUCAAGCGACCACCACUGCCGCUACCGGCUGCGCCUUGCCCGCCGAGGGCAUUCCUGUUUUGACAACCGAGCCCCCAAAGGAGACUCCUCAAGUUCAGAAUGCUGUCAUCAUCGAGGAGGUUGCAUCUCAGAAGGACCAGGAGGAGGCAGUCGCCAGCACGGAACUGACUACUGUGCCGGUUGAAUCUGCCUCUCCUUCCCUUGACGCAGAGCCUGACGCCGUGGCUGAGCCGACCCCGGCUCCGGAAACCUACACCAUUAUCGAUACCAUAAUCGACACCCCUUCUGACUCGCCGGCUGUAGAGACGGAAACUCCUGAGCCACCUAUCAGUGUCUGCACCGAGCCUGUCGCUAUCGAGUGUACCCUAGACGCCGAUAUUCAAAACACCCCCGAGCCCGUGCAGGCUGUCUCUUCGCAGGAAGAUGCCAUCGCUAUUCCCGAGACUGAGAUUAUUUCCCUUGAUAAAGAAGAGCUUACCGUUCAAGAAACGCCUACCGCCGCCAACACCCACCAUGCCGUUGCCCCCGUCGAGGAAUACGGGAGCGACAACGCGGCCGCCACGCCGGAAAUGUCCGACAGCGAGGACGAUUUCGACUCUGAAACCGAGAUCGGAUCUGAAGCCGAGGAGGACCUGAACAAAUCUCUCGGCAUUCAUGUCUCGCAAGACAUCCCCCACAAGGAUGAACAACCGACUGCCAUUCCCAUGCCGGUUAUCGUCUACCAAGUCAUCUAUGAAGAUGACUUUGAUGCCUGCGUCUCGAGCAUCCAAGGGCCCCAAGAGCUUAACGCGCUUCUGGAGAGCGACAGCCCAUGGUUCGUCCCCCAGAUUAUUGAGAAGGGCAAGCUGAACCGCCAAAUGGUGCACGGCAGGCUCCCGAACCGGCGGACUGCGCCGGGCCACUACCGGGACCUGAACCUGGAAAAGGCUGCGCGGGAGCUUGUCCUGGACAUCCCCGCGCCAGUGCGGGUGGUCACAAGGGCGGCUUCACCUAGUGUGAUCAAGGAGACGGAAAUUUCCACCACGCAGGAGGUUGAGAUUCCUAUCACUAAGGUGACUCCCCUAACACAGGAAGUCGAGACUCCCAAAAAGACUCGCGUGGCGCAGCCCAUCCCAGUGGCCAUUGGCCUUUCCAGUCGCAAUCACUCGCGCAGCAGCUCAGGGAGCAGCGCGGAAUCUGUGGAUGUCAGCGUCCAUAGCGAGCCUUGCCCUGGAACACCGCUGACGGAGUAUUCGAUGACUCCUAAUAAGGAUGAGGCGACACCGGAGGGCAAGGCAGUGAACGCCGAGCCCAUUAUGGAGCUGGCCAUCAUCGACACAGAGGAGCUCUCAAUUGAUGACAGUGCCCAAUCUGUGGUGAAGCCGAACUGCCACUACGCAGAGGAUGCAGCGGACGCAGACGAUGAAAGGGACGAAAGGGACGAAGGGGACGAAGGGUACGAAGAGUACGCCGAAGACAAUUUUAGCGACAGCAGCUCCGAGUUCAUCGAGGAUCCAGAACCGCUCGACGGGUACCACCAAGAUGACUCCAUCCUGGAACCCUUUGAGCGCCCCAGCGCCCCCGAGCCCACCGACAUAGACACUGACUACCACAAUGCUGAUUACGACGUCAGGGGCCACGACUACGCCGAACUGGAGGCCGCCGUCGACGAGGAAGUCUAUGAGAAGGGGUCGGGCUUGGUUGAUUUUCGGGGGUUGGAGUACGGCCAUCGCUGCGUGGGUCAGUGGUGCAAUGUCUUCUUUGAUUAUUUCGGGUGGUGGCAGUACCCGGAUGGGGGGACUGUGGUUACCCCGGCGGCCGCCGCCGAGUACCUCGAGUACUGGGAGAAGACUAUGGCUGCUGAGGCGGCUAGUGCUGCGGAGGCUAUUCGGAUUGCCAUGGAGACCCAGCACUUGGGCUGGCAGGUCGUGAGCUACUCUGGGCCGAUCCUACAGCCCAUCCACGAAAAUGAGGAGCUGGUCAUCAGGGAGGCUGCGGGCGGCCAGGACUGCGCGGUUGAGGAGGACGACGAGACCGAAAUUGAGGCCGAGACAGAAGCCAUGGACAGAUUCUCGACCUGGAUGGAAAAAAACAGCGUCGUCUCCCAGGACAAUGUUGUGGAACAGGAGAGGACUGAGGCGGCGCGGGCUGCUGCGGCGAACGCCGCGAUGAAGAGGGCCGAGGCGGUCGCACAGGUCGGCAAGGUGUCUUGGUGGGACCGCGAUCCGCUUUCCACCUCCAAGCUGAGCUGGGCGGACAUUGACGAGUUGGACGAUGAGCCGGCUCCCACGGAGGAAGCUACAGCGGCCAACACGGCGUCCCAGACCAAUGCGGGGGGCGCCACGAAGCCCGAGGUCUCCUUCUGGGACCGCGAUCCGUUCUACAUCUCCAAGACGAAGUGGGCGGAUAUGAUGGAGGAGGAGGACGAGCUGGCUCCCGUCGGAAGGGCUGCGGCGGUCAACACGGCGAUUCACACCGGAGUGGAAGACGUCGCCGGGGCCAACAAGGUCUCCUUUUGGGACCGCGAUCCUUUUUAUAUCUCCAGUACCAAGUGGGCCGACAUGGAGGAGGACGAUUACUAA